AUGACCUUCGGAUACGGCAGAGUCCUGACCAAGAAUGCAGGCUUCUUCUACGUCUCCAACCACGGCCUUACCCCGACCGAGAUCGACACCCAGUUCGCCCUCGCGCACUCCCUCCUCUCCCUCCCAGACUCAUCCAAGGCACCAUACCGCGCCGCUCUCGAAAAAGGUGAUUACAAUGGCUGGAAGCCCGCGGGGACUCGCAACCUCAUCCCGGGCGUGAAGGAUAACUUCGAGAUCUACAACAUCCCAAAAUUCAUCCCAGAACACGCCGGCCGGCCGCACCCAGACAUCGUCAGGCAGCACUGGAGCACGAUCAAGGAGUUCUCGGAGCGAGUUCACGAGCAGAUCGUCAAGAAGCUCCUGGUUGUGUUCGCCGUGGCUUUAGGCCUUGACGACGAGGAGUGGUUCUUGAAGAGACACCGGUAUGAGGAGAGCAGUGGAGAUCAUCUGCGGUACAUGAAGUACCAUGCAAGGAGCGAAGAGGAGAACCAGAAGUUGGGCGGUGUGUGGCUCAAAGGGCAAGUGCUGACCAAAGACGGGACAUGGAAAUGGGUCAAGCCACAGACGGAUGCGUUGACUGUCAAUAUUGCUGAUGCGCUUCAGUUCCUCACGGGCGGCUACCUCAAAUCCAGCAUCCACAGAGUUGUGGCACCGCCGAAGGACCAAGCUCAUAUCAAUCGUCUUGGGGUGUUAUAUAUGGUGAGGAUUGAGGACGGUACGGACUUGGUUCCUAUCCAGGAGUCGCCGGUGCUUCAGGAGCGUGGUUUGCUGGGCGAUAAGAUCCUGGGCAACGACGGCAAGCCAGUCAAAGCUGGUGAGUGGGUUAAGAACAGGGUCAUUAAAAAUCUCGGUGCGUCGAAGGAUGAAGAAGGUGGUGAUAAUGAGGUUUCAGACAUAGAGAUUAUCAAGGGUGUCAAAGUCAAAUACUUUGACUGA